AUGUCACUGCUAGGCGUGAAAGCCAAGAACUUGUCUGUGGCCAUCUGCGAUGUCUAUGUCAAGGUGAACUUGCCGCCUGCACUCUUCGAGGUGGAUCUUCUUCAUGAGAUUGAUCCCGAACAUCCAAAGACACGAUGUCGGGUCAGUCCCAACAAGGUCACAGUGACCUUGCAGAAGCGUCAAGCGCAGAUCUGGGACGAUUUCCGAGCAGCAGGGGCCAAGGCCGAUCUCCGCGUCCGACGGCAAGCUGCCUUGGACGCCUUGGAGCAGCGCGAGGCGGAGCGGCUGCAGAAGCGGAAGGACUUCAAAGAAGAAAUGUUGAAGCAAGGUGAACAUGCGCAGUGGCGUUUGGACUCCCAAAACCGGGAGACCAUUGAGAAGUGGGAACAAGAGGAGAAGGAGAAGUGGGAAGAGGAGGUCUAUCGCUCCUUCGAUUCUGCCACGGGGGAUUUGUUGGAGUCCGAAAGGCGGGCGGAUGACUUGGAUAACUUGGAUGCCCUUGCGGAUGGCGAGGUCCAGGCUCCGGAGGAGGUGGAAGAAGCUUCGCCUCAAGUAGUGAAGCCAGAGGAGCCAAUCUGGACGGCGGAGGAGUUGGCCGACACAGAAGAGUAUGUCCCCGAUGUCCGCGACAAUCCGGGGAAGAUCGGUUUGCGCUUCACCGAACGUCCACGACCAGGAGUCCCUGUACGUGAUCGCGGACGCAAGCCUGCACCAUUUCCCAAGGAAGCCCCAAAGACGGAGCUUCCUCCAAUGCUGGCUGGUGAUGAACGAGAGGAGGAUGAGAACGACCCGGUUUGGUUGAAAGACAAGGGGGACCAGCUCAUUGUACGCGGUGACUACACUGGUGCCUACAACGCCUACACAGAGGCCCUGAAGCUGGCCUCCAACGCGCGAUGCUUCGCCAACCGGGCCCUGACCUCGUUGUACCUGGGGAACUUCGAGCAGUGCCUGGAGGACUGCAACCGAUCCAUUCAGAUCUUGGAUUUCAGGAACAAGCCCCGGAAUGGCGAGCUUCACCACAGUGCCGAUCCGGAAGACGAAAAGGUGCGCGCACGUGUGGAAAUUCGCAUGGGCCUGGGUGACCUGGGAAAGCUGACGAUGACUUGCUGUGUCGUUGCAGACGUUGGUAAGGCCGAAGCACACUUCGAAAAAGCGCUCAACACGGAGGGCUUGGAUCCGGAGGAAAUCAAACAGGUCCGACAGGAUCUGGAGCGCGUGCAGAGCGCCUACAGUGCGCUGAAGGUGAAAGAUCAGGCCGAUCAAAGCCUGCGACAGGGAGACGAGGAGGCGGUAGAGAAGGCCUUGGAGCUCUACGGCCAAGCGGAUUUUGCCACAAAGCAGGAAUGUGCCGUAGUGAUGGCCAAUCGCUGCUUGGCCCAUCUCCAAACCAGCCAGCUGCAGCAGUGCCUGGAAGAUGCCUCCAUGGCCCUUUCGGCCCUGAAGCGCUGGCCCGUGGCGCGGUCCAUCAAAAAGCCCAAGCGGCCAACGCGGCUGGAUCCACCAUACCUGGAUGAUCCCACCUUUGUCCAUCCGGACAAGCAGAACCAGGGCGAACGCGAGUGGCUCAUGAAGCACAACGGUGGCAACGCCAAGGAGCUUCCAGGGCUGCCGGAUGAGUAUGAAUGGAUCAAGGACGUGGCGGAGAAGAACGAGAACGCCUGGAUCGCCGUGAAGAAACGGAUGUCCAAGGUCACCUUUGACGCCAUCAAACGUGCCACGGCAGAGUUGCAAGAUGCUUUAUACACCCGGCAACCUGAAGUGAUCCGACAGCAGAUGGAAGUGGCUAAAGAUCAGAACAAGGUGGGUGAAGGUCCAAGUAGCAAGGCCAUUUUGCAAGCAGAGGACUAUGCCAAAAAGCUGGAAGACUAUGCGAAGGAGCAAGAGGCACAACGUGAGCACGAGGAGGCGGUGACGAAGAUCGGGGAGGAGCUUCGACAGGAAGCGGCCGAAUUGGACUUGACGGAGGCCUUAGUUCCCUCACGAGCUGGAAGGAGCCAAGCUGGCUUCGCCUCAAGUCAUCCCCUGCAGCGCUCACGAAAACGGCUCUUUGUGAAGAUCCUCCUGCGGCGCGCGCGUGCGUACGAACUGCUGGGGCAACGCGACGCGAGUCUGGAGGAUCUGAGAGCCGUCAGGGUGCCCCAGGCAUUGAGAGCCAUGUUUUUUUUUUUUUAA